AUGCAGCCACAAUCACCUCAACCAAUCCAUCAACACAGACGGUCGAUUAGCACACCAGACUUGAUAAACUCUGCCCAGAUUCAUGAGAGUAAUAAUACCAAUGUAAUUGAUAACAAUACAUUGGAUAGUUACACUUUGAGGCCUUCCCCUUCAUCGAUUUUAAGAAAGGCCGAGGCAACGAGUGCAGAACCUGUUAUUGGUUCUAAAUCUUUGAGAUGGAAUGAAGAAUCAAAUGUUAGAAUACCCUCUCCUCCACCAAAUCAGAUUAGUACUGAUUAUUCACAAUCGGAGAAUUUGAGUGAUGCUGAUAGUGUAAAGACAACUGAUUUGAUGGAAAAGUGGGAUUUAGAUAAUGUAAUUUCUGGUGGUGAUGAUUUAUCUAUACAUACAGAGGAUGAGGAUGCAAUUUCCCAAACAAGUUUUAAGGAAAGCGAUAUUAUACCUAUUUCAAAUUUGGACAAAGAAAUGAAAGGGUUUUACAAUAGACCAUCUAUUGUAAACAUUUUACAAGAUGAAAAAUCUAAAAGUACCCUCAAUGAAAUUAUUUCCACUGAUCCACUUUCGAGAAUGUCUCAAACUCUGGAAAAGAGAAGAAGUUCUGUGGUUUCUCUACAACAAGAAUCGAUAACAUCUCCUUCCAAUCAAAUUCCUCCUUCUUCCAGUACUGCUGCUAUUUCACCAAAUACCAAACCAAAAGAAGAGAAAAAGUAUGGACUAAUUGAGGGAGUUUAUAUUCCUUGCAUUUCUUCAGUGCUUGGUACUAUUCUUUUCUUGAAAGUACCUUGGAUUUUGGCAAAUGCUGGAUUGGCAUUCUCCCUCUUGUAUAUUUUCAUAUCAGUAAUUUGUGCUAUAUUAACAUGGUUAAGCUUAACAAGUGUAGUUACAAAUGGAUUGUUAAAAUCUGGUGGAACGAUAGCCAUUAUGUCAAGAGUGCUUGGAAAUCAAUUUGCUGGAAGUUUGGGUCUGAUUUAUUUUGUUGGUUUCAUUUUCCUAUUGUCCCUUCACUCAUUUGCAGCUGCAGAUUUAUUAAUGUCAACCAUCAGAAUAUACUAUCCGUAUUUCAAAAUGAUAGAUUCUGAUUUACAACAUCCUUACUGGGAUUUAAUUAUUCUAGCCAUUGGAUUCCUAUUUUUAAUAUUCCUACUUGUUUUCAUUGGUUUCAGACAUGUUGUAAGAUUUGAAUUGAUCUUUAUUAUUGCAACAUUCAUUACAAUUCUGUUAUUUAUCAUUGGAUGUUUUGUAACUGUCAAAACAGAAUAUCAUAUAACAUCAGCAAAGUGGAAUAAUUUUGUUGCAAAUUUUCCACCUCAAUUCCAGCAUGGACAAGAUUUCUUUUCAGUGAUGGCUGUCAUAUUUCCAAGUGUAGUUGGAAUUUUGGCAGGAAUCAAUCGAUCAGGGCAUGUUAAACAUAUUCAAAGAAAUAUUCCUAUUGGAACUAUUGCCUCACUGCUUACCUCCACUUUUGUGUAUGUACUAAUUUUCAUUCUGUUGAGCUUUGUUGGAAAGAGAGAUGAGAUGAGAGAGAAUACAGCUUAUUUUGCUCUGGUUGCCUUUCCAGAUUUUGGUUUAUCGAUUGGAACCUAUAUUGUAAAAGUUGGCAUGUUGAUUGCAAUAUUGGGAGAAGGAAUCCAAGCUCUUGUGGUUGCACCUCGAGUGGUACAAGCCAUUGUUGACGAGAAUAUUAUUUCAUUCAUUCCAUUGCACUAUUUAACAAGCAAGGGUUCAGUGAAUAUGAGGAAGGCUACUUUAUUUUCUGCUCUCCUUGCUAUCAUCCCCCUUUUUCUAGGUAAUUUGGAAAGUAUCUCAACGUUUAUUGCCAUGCUCAUUCUCUUCUCAUUUGCUUUCCUCAAUAUUUCGACUUUUGUUGCCAGUAUUAGCCCUAAUUGGAGGCCUAGGUGGAUGUAUUAUCAUUGGUCGUUAGGGGUAUUUGGAUUCUUUGUAUGUGCUAUUUGCAUGUUUUUAAUUGGAUGGUAUUGGACUCUGUUAUGUGCCAUCAUUGGCCUCUUGUUGUACAUUCUUAUUGAGGUCAGUAAUGAAACCAAUGCAUUUGGCGAUGCUAUGAGUGGAGUUAAAUUGCAAACUGCCCUCAAUGCUCUCUAUUCAUGUGAAACAAACCCUAACUCCUCCACCAGUUCCUAUCACGAGAAGUCGAAUUGGAGACCUCAACUCUUGUGUCUCGUAAAGAUUCUUCCAAACAAUACCAUUUCACAUGCUGAUAUUCUCAAUGUUGCAAACCAACUCAAGAAGGGACAAGGUCUGUGUGUAGUUGCAGCCAUCAUUGAAGGAAAUUACAAGAAAAAGUUCAAGAUUGCUCGAAAGGAACAACUUGCCCUUUCCCUGAAAAUGAAAGAGAAGUCAAUUACUGGAUUUUCUCAAGUCAUUGUGGCUAAGAAUUUUCAGGAGGGUAUCAAUCAUUUGAUUCAGAAUUGUGGAUUGGGUCCUCUAACUCCCAAUACAAUUGUUUCUGGAUUCCCAAUGAGUGAUGACAAGAUCAGUGCUAGAAACUUUGUUGAAAUGUUAAAAUACGCAGAAAUUAGUAGAAAAGCUGUUAUUAUAGCUAAGGGAGAAUUUGGAGAGGAAGAACAAUGUGGAUUCAUAGAUCUCUAUUGGAUUAUUUAUGAAGGAGGACUCGAAUUACUCAUAACUUUCUUACUCCAAAAACACAAAGUUUGGAGAAAGUGCAAAAUACGAAUCUAUACUGUUGUUGAUGAUACUUCUAGUUUAGAAAUGAUUAAGGAAGGAGUUCACGAUAUCCUAUAUCAUUUAAGAUUUGAAGCAGAGUGUCACGUUCUCUACAUGAGACCACACGAUGUUUCUCCAUUCGUUGUGACACAUGACCAAAGAGAAAGAGAACGAAUGUUGAAACCCUCAAGCAAAAUUAACAAGUCCAUCUUUAGAGAUGUGAGAUCCAUGUCGUAUCAUGAAGGAUUAGAUUCUCUGGUUUUCAAUUUUCCAUCGACACCGCAACAAAAUGCAGAUGAAGUUUCCAUUAAUAUUGAAAAUAAUCCAACAACCCCAACUGACGAAUUGAGUACUCAAUAUUCGAAUGUUCCCAACCUGACCAUUACUGACUAUUUGAAUACCUCAUCAAGAAUCAAUACCAUCAUUCGACAACAUUCCACUCCAAAAGAUACACAACUUGUCAUUGUAAACCUUCCCUCAUUAACAUCAAAUCUUUCAAAUUUGGAUUAUGUACUAUGUUUGAAACAUCUCACUCAAAAUAUUUCCUCCAAAAUAUUACUCAUCAAGGGAAGUGGCAAGGAAGUAAUCACUCAUUUAUUGUAA